CUACAAGCAUUGCAUGAUGAGCAGUGAUGUAUCAUCAUGCAUAAUGGCAAAAUUAGACCUGUGCUCUGCCACUGCAUGUCCACGACACCGACUCAGCCAACUCUAACCUUUUUAUUAUAGGCUACUGUGGGUUGGUCCCGAUUUUAACCCUAUCUAAGGAAUGUUGCCAAACUCAAAGGCUGACGGCAAAAAGGAACUCAAGGACUUUGGAAGCGAACUUCGUCCAUACACAAACUUGCAGCAAACCAAACAUUCUUAAAACCAAGCAUUCAACUGUUCUAUCGGGGUGUUCAGUUGUUUGAUGACUUUUGUAGGUGCUUCACUCGUUUGUAGGCUAUAACCUUUAAAUGAAUAUUAAACGUUAGGAUAGGCCAACUAGAGGAGUUUCAUAGGUGAAACAGGCAGCGCUUCUCUCCGGCAACGCAUUUGCCAUAUUGGACACAGACCAUUUUUACCAUUGCACACUCUCAAGAGGAAGAAAAAACACGAUUAUAGUCCAUCGACAGAACUCAUCACUUCAGGCAGUUUCAUUUUCGCCUUCAUGAAUGGUGAGCGCAAAUCUGUCAUGAAGGAUAUUUCUGCUGGCUAUAUGUCAAAAUGUAUGGAUCCGUGAGCAAAAUUUUAAUCAAAUGUUUUAUUUAUGAAAUAACGACAUAUUCGUUUUCAUAAACGUUUUUAUUUAAACUGGGUAAAUAGUGUGUGAUUUAGGCUACAAACUUCUGACAAAAAACUGUUCAAUUACGCAAUAGGGCAAUCCUCCUAUUUUUUUAAGGCUCAGUCUAAUUAUUGCCUCAUUGUUUUGUUAACUGGAAUAGGGCUAUGACUUUAAACACUUAUUAAUGUGGCCUACUUGAUCAAUUCCGUUUCUUAAACAUUUUUUCAACUCUGACGGCCUAUCAGCGUAAACGCCUUUUUUUGGACUAUGGAGAUUCCAGUUGGAUUAGGAGGAGUUUGUGACUCCCCAAACAUAGUUUUUCGCGGACCUUUCCAAAACGUUUUCCACAACGUGAAAGCUACACUGCCUAGUAACACUACUGUCACCGAAACCUUGGACUUUUCUAGUUCGUACAGUUUCAUGCAGAAUAAACACCCCUGGGAGAUGCGCCAAACUAACCGGCAAUCACCCCGAAAAGAAAUAUCGUCAGGGACGGCUCGCAAUUCUGACAUUGAAGUGAAGGAAGAUGACAGUAUUAGUUUUUCCAGAACACUCGAAUCGGAUGCAAGACGUAUCCAUUUUGCCAAAAGCUCAACAGGAAACAAAACCGGGUUUUCCUCUGUGAACGAAUUAGACUAUCCAAACGCGAAUGGAUACGGAUCCGGUCGCCCUGGACCGUUAGCCUGCAACACUAAACAACAGUGCUGUCAACCAGCUGUGCCCCAUCACGGAGUGGAGUUAAGUCCUAACAGUUACGCCCGUGUGGCGAACAGUUGUUCCAAUUCUGCCUGCACAACCAUAUCAGAAACGGCGAGGGAGCUCUGCAACGCUGUCUCUGUGUCGCUGGGAUUGACCAUGGACUUGAAUGAGAUGAAUGACCUGGGACCUAAUUACGCACCAUCCAGUGCAAAUGACCAAAGUCAAGGCAACUAUUUGUUUCAGGUGCCUCUAUUGAAUUGUUCUGGAGCUGAAGAAAACGUCUCCAUUACAGAAUACAAAUGCCCUAGUGAGCGCAAUGCCAGGCCACUACAAAGUGAUACACGAGUUAAGAUGUUUAAAAGUUCCCCAGCAAAUGACCUUACAGAAGAAGUGGCGACCAUGGAGCACCUUAGCUCCAGACAUCCAUCCACAGGUGAACAGGAAUUUAGACUGAAUGAAAAGAGUGAUGACCCGACUUCAAAAGAAACAGAGAAUUCUCUGAGUACAAGAGCACGCUCUGCAUCUUGUCAUUUUGACCCACUGUUGCCAGCACACUUGGCACACUUCAGUCAAACUGACCCAGACAGAAUCUCGUCUCAUGUCAUCCCAGCUCAUGUCUGUGAAACUGGAGAAACAAUGGAGGACAAAUAUGCUGACUACUUACAACAACAGUACAGUGUCAAGAUAAAAUAUGAGGCCAUUAGUAAUGAACCUGCCGGAACGUCAUGGGGUUCUCAGUACAACGGGUAUAAUGACAAUGACAACACACAAUAUGGACCGAGGCAGGGUAUGAAUCCAUACAGUGCGGGACCAGACUCCGGGUUCAUUUGUAACCCUUAUGAAUAUGAGCGGGGUGGUGGUCUGGUGCGCAGAGAGCGGCCAACUUCUGAGCAGUGGUAUCCGGGCGGGAUGCUAGGGAGGAUGCCCUAUCCCAACUCCCCGUACUUAAAGAAUGAGGUCGGUGACUGGCUGGAUGUCUCUUACACAGAUGCCAGGUUUGAGGGUGGCAGAGACCACAUGUUCCCCAUGGAGUUCUUCUUCCCGCCCCAGAGGACCUGUCUGAUCUGUGCAGAUGAAGCAUCUGGCUGCCACUAUGGAGCGCUAACCUGUGGCAGCUGCAAAGUGUUCUUCAAGAGAGCUGCAGAAGGUAAACAGAAAUAUCUGUGUGCCAGCAGAAACGACUGCACCAUCGAUAAGCUGAGACGGAAGAACUGCCCAUCAUGUCGACUGAGGAAGUGUUUUGAAGCUGGGAUGACCCUCGGAGCACGUAAACUGAAGAAGAUUGGACAGCUGAAGAGCCCGGAGGAGGAUCUGCCUACCCAAGGCCCCACUGAUGCCAUCCAGUGUGUCUCUCCCCAGUCCGGCCUGACCUUCCAUUCCCAGCUGGUGUUCCUCAACAUCUUGGAGUCCAUCGAGCCAGAGGUGGUUAAUGCGGGACAUGACCAUUGCCAGCCGGACUCAGCUGCAGUGCUGCUCACCAGCCUCAACGAACUUGGGGAGCGCCAACUGGUCAAAGUGGUCAAGUGGGCCAAAGGCAUGCCAGGUUUUCGGAAUCUGCAUGUGGAUGACCAGAUGACAGUAAUCCAGCAUUCAUGGAUGGGGGUGAUGGUGUUCGGCUUGGGAUGGAGGUCCUACAAAAAUGUCAAUGCCAGAAUGCUCUACUUCGCCCCAGACCUUGUUUUCAAUGACCAUCGGAUGCACAUCUCCAGCAUGUUCGAGCACUGUAUACGGAUGAGACACCUCUCCCAGCAGUUUGUCCUGCUGCAAGUCACUCAGGAAGAGUUCCUCUGCAUGAAGGCCCUGCUCCUCUUCAGCAUCAUUCCAGUCGAUGGUCUUAAGAGCCAGAAGUACUUUGAUGAAUUGCGGCUGACCUACAUCAAUGAACUUGAUCGUGUCAUUAACUAUGGAAGGAAGUCCAACUGCUCUCAGAGGUUCUAUCAGCUCACCCGCCUCAUGGAUUCCCUCCAACCGAUCGUGAGGAAACUCCAGCAGUUUACAUUUGAUCUGUUUAUCCAGGCCCAGUCUCUGCCCACCAAGGUCAGCUUUCCAGAGAUGAUUGCCGAGAUAAUCUCAGUGCAUGUGCCAAAGAUCCUGGCAGGCUUGGCCAAACCAAUCCUUUUCCACAAGUAG